UGGGGAACAAAACUGAGAAUGAGUAAAGUAAAGUAACAACUACGUGAUCACAUGAGCAGAUUUUUUGGGACGACCACGCCAGUUUCAUCUCUAGUACAAUGUGACGGUCGAUUGUAGGCCAACUUGUACCUUGUAAUUGAAGCAGGCCAGUUGCAAGAUGUCAUCCAUCCCACAAGGCUGCGCCCCAAAGCCUCUCAAAUCUGGAGAACUCGAUAUUUGUGUGAAGGGGAUUUUGUCAAAGUCCUGGCAAACAAAACAGUGUUACCUGUGUCCAGCCUGGGGCAUCCGACCACAGAGAAUAGAGGCCUACGAUGUGGAGGAGAACGAUGGGAAAACUGCUAAGCUAUGGAAGGUGUUCAACCUGCAGGGCCUGAAGAAGGUCAUCAUCAAACACAAAGCUGGAGACAACCAUCUGGAAGUGACGACAAAGAAAGACAAGUUUUGUUUUGCCUGUAAGGACGAGUUGGAGAUAAAUGACUGGGAGGGCUACUUACAGGGCUUGAUCAGAACUGCAGGUGAUUGUGCGCGUCAUUUAGAUGGAAAGGCUGAGGACAGUGUGAGUCAUGAUGGCGAGUCUCAAGCUGAUGAUGACAACAAUGCUCAUCUCUUUGAUGAGAACAUCCUUUACGAAUCAGCUGAUCCUCAGAUGCAGUUUGAAGUAUCUGUUCAGCCCAAUUCUGACACAGAGAGGCUGCAGCUUAUUGGAACAUAUUUGCUGACCAUCACAGACUUCACACUGUCCCUGGUGGACAAGACUCUCGGCAAACCUCUAUGUAUAUGGCCCUACAAAUGUAUUAGGCGUUACGGCAAAACUCCCACUGUGUUUUCCAUUGAAGUCGGUCGGAGAUCUACCACAGGGCCAGGAUGCUUUUCAUUCCACACAACGAAGGGAAUUGAAAUUUUCAAACUGGCGCAGGCCAAAUUGGAAAAAAUGCGUCAAAUAGAUAUGUUGUAUCUGAAGACUGCGGGAAUCGAGGCACAUCAAGGUGCUAGUUUGACGAAUAAUGAUUCUGGUAUUCCUCGAAGCCACUCAGUGGAUUCUGAUCACAAAGGCAACCACAACGCCGAUCAAGAUCGGAGAAGUUACCCAGUCUGCAAACACCAACAGGUGACAGUAGACAACAACAAGAAUAUAUCGCUCGGGGUAGAGACAGCUCUGGGCCAUGGGUCAGCAGGUCAACUCAGCAAAAAGGAAAAAAAGAAAGCAGAGAAGGCUAAACCCAAAGAGGACAAGAAAAAAUUGGGUAAAUCUAAAUCGAAGGAGAAAGAUGAAGUUAAACCUGACAAAAUGUUCAGCAACACAGCUAAUCUGCUUGACAGAGGGCAUUUUCCAGAGCACCCAGUAAUGGAAAAGGUCCUACCACAUCUAGACCCAAAUGCAACCAGUCGAUUAAAACAUGUAGAGCGCAAACCAAUGGGUAUACUUUCAAAGCCGUCUCCUCCUCCGAGUACUGUGAAACCAGAGCUUAAAGUGGCAGUGAAUCCUGUGGGUAAAUCUGAUGGUUCAACACCAGAGGAACUGUAUUCGUUACCAGCCAAUAAAUCUGUUAGAGCAAGGCCGUUUCCCAAGACUAAUGUGGCUAAGGCAGUUGAGAGGCCGUAUGAGGAGCCAGAUCUGGCAUUUGUCAGUGGUGGUGUGUUACAGGGUACCGCGGCCUAUGAGCUUGAAGACUGUUACGAUGAAGUGGAACCGAGGACACUGCCUACUCCAGCAGGGGCAAGCCAGAAGAAUAGAUCUCCCGCCAAAGUCACAAAUACCAAGCCCAAAUCAAAACCCAGCAAUAAUAAAGGCACAGAUUUUGGCACUUAUUCCCGUGUCGAAGAGAGGACAAAGGCUUGGAAACAUCAGGGCAUAGAAAAUGAAAGACACAUAGAAAAUUACAAUCAGCACAGCAUUACUGAUGAUGGUCUGUACGAGACUACUGAAGUGCCACCUCCCUCACACAACCUACCACCCCCAAUUACAUUCAAGGACUUUGAGUCCAACGCUUUUGUAAACAACAAUUACGACCAUAUUCUGGUCCCUAGUGCCAAACCAAGGCUGAUGAAUAAGGUGAGUGAUCCCGAGGCUUACAGUACGUAUUCACAAGCCCAGGUGCAUUCCCCUGCUGCCAAACCCAAGGUGGAACUUACCAACACUGGGCAAGAGUACGAGGAGGCAGUCCUCUCUCCCUAGUAGUGAUUGGUGAUUAGUGUCAGCGGGCUACCACUCAUGACCUGAAACCCCUGCUACAUGCAAAGCUUAUACUGUACGUGCAUGCUUUGAUUCAUGGUUACCAUGCGACUAAUGUGAUGUUGACAGUAUACCUGGCUGUGGUGUAUCUUUGAGCCAACUAAGAUUAGAAGGUGCUUCCUGCUAUGAUUGGGUAACUAUAUAUGCUGCUGUCUCUGGAAUGGGCAGGCUGCAUACUUAUUGAUGCCGUGACACUACGCACUGUUGCAGUGUUCCAUCAUAAACUGAUUGUCAUGUAUGCAGGGUUCUAACUACAUCAGUGACAUGGACAGACUACACUGUAUAAGAAUAGUUAUCAUUGCCAAGAUAAUGGUGAUGCUCUGUGGAGAACAGUUAGAUUGUUGAUCAAAUGACCAUGUGAACGCAGGACAUAUAUUUGUACUCCUCUUCAUUGUGGCCUUUACUGUGCUACAAGAUAUCAGUCUUUUGCAGACUUUCAUUAUUCGAGAAAGGAAUAACACACACUGAUAAAUCAUUCUUUGUGAGUCAUUAUGCAGUGUGUUUUUCUUUUUGUGCAUCAGUUAUGUUAUUCAAGUAUGUAUGCAUGGGGUUUUAGAAGGAGUUAUUCACUAUACAUAUACUGUGUCUUCUUGUGAUGGGAAUUCCAUGCAGCCAAAGUUCUGCCGUCACUGAAGUAUCAGUAUUGGGCAAAGCAGUUCUGUUUCCUUGCUCUGGCUUCACGGUAUUUUUAAAAAAUACCAUUUUUAAGUCUUCGGUAUUACCCAACCCGGGUUUCGAUCUAGUUCUCCCAACUUCAAAGCAGUCUAUUAUUUCAGGUCUUCAGAAUACUGAUUAUAGUCGGCCACUAUUUAUAAAUUUGUAUUGUCUUCAAACCAUGAAUACGUGUAGCGGUGCCCAGAAAAAUGUUGGGCACACGACUUGAACUUUCAGAGGCCACCUGUAUUUAGUGAGUUUGAGGUCUUUCACUGUUUUUCAGCCAUGCAGUAUCAGUCAAGACACAAAUCUUUCCAAUUAGCUCUUGAAUAAUCCAGGUGUUUUGUGCAUGUUUUGAAAGAUUAGUGCUAUACACUUACCCGUAAGAGAAAAAUGUGUUACAUUUCAACAAAUUUUACAUUUUCGUCCCGGAAGAUAAUUUACAAAGUUGUCUUUCUUUUCCUAUCUUGUACUUUUGGGAUCAUUUUUCAUUCUUAAAUUAAUGUUGUUCAUACAUUUUGCUCUACAAAAGUAGAAAUCCAUUUCGUAAUUGCUCAUUUAUCACUAUUAUUCUGUACACUUUCAACAUCAGUGGUUGAGGAACUGGUUAGGCCUUUUAUGUGAGCUGGCUGAUAGUUAUAAGGUAUGCGCACAAAUAGACUAGAAGUAUUCAUUUUCUGACAAAUUUUAUUUAAUUGUUGAAUGUAUUGAUCACUGAUAUUUCCUCACAGAAUACCUUAGAUGGUUUAUGUCAUAUUUAGAAUGAAAUUCAUUGAUUUUGGAGAUAAAUUUUGUUUUCAGAUGUUUAGAAAUACACAGUCUUAAUAUUAUUUUUGUUAUUAUUUGAUUGGUGUUUUAGGAAUUACUCAAGAAUAUUUCAUUUAUACGACGGCGGCCGGCAUUGUGGUGGGUGGAAACCGGGCACAGCCCGGGGGAAACCCACGACCAUCCGACAUAGUAUUAAUAGUGUUACAUUUAGAUAUACGGCCAGUAUAUAGGCCCAUGUACUAUUUACUUGCAUGUUCAUGUAAAUUAAGAAAUUUAAAAACAUGUACUUAUAAUGAUAAUUAGUGUUGCUGAUUUAUGGAUACAUGAUACUGUAUGUUUUUAUUAAGAAUCAUGGCUCCUGUCAAAGAUUGGAAAUUUUUCAAAAUGUGUUUUAUUAUUUGCCUUAUUAUGCAAAUGGUGCUGUAUAACAAAGGAACAUUCCCAGAACAUGGCCAGAUUUGAAAGAAAUAUAUUAAAUUCCAUAACUUGACUGCAUGUGUGAACUUAAUGAAGUAAAUGUUCACCGGUAUUCUUGAUUUUGUGUAUGAACAGCUCCCGAGAGUGAAAAGCCUCUUUGUCAUUAAGGUACUAUCCAAACUUCUCAGGAUGUGUUGGAAUAAUUUUGACUCAUACUUUUACCUGUGUUGAAUAAAUAACCUGUAGUUCACUGCAGACAUUUGCUCCUGCACAUGUUUGUAAUAUGUUUGUAAUAUUUGUAUGACGAAUUCCAUUAUUGAGAUCAUUCUUAAUCAUCCUAUACAACUGUCAGGUUUCAAAUGACAAAGAGUUUUGCAUUCAUGUCACACUAUUUUUGUGACCAUCAAUUACAAUAGUUACUGUGAAUCUUGAAAAAAAGGCAUAUGUACAUGUGUGUUCAUAAUUUUGUGCUUGAAGGUGCAGUAUAUAGCUGUUAUUGUCACAGGUGUGAAAAGUUUAAUCCAUCGGCUGCAUUGUUCUAAUAGGUCACAUGGAAAACAAUCCCAAUAUAUAUGACAAAAAUUUAACCAUCAGUGGUAAGGCAUAAAGCUCUUAGAUAUUCCUGUGCUUAAAAGUGAGUGGCAUGAGCUAGUGAGUGUGAACAGCUAAAUGUGGACUUGGUGAUCUAUGUUUUCUAGAAACUGUUGUCAUGUUUUUAAUAAACUUCAUUCUGUUUGAUAUGCUGGUUGCUGUUUUAAGUGAAGUCCAUUCCUGUGAUGUAUUUCUAGUUCAGUGUUGGGAAGAAAGACAGCAUGAAUGGCUGUAAUGUUGGUAUCCUCUGUCAGAAGCUCAUGCAGUUUUGAAAAGCAUCUGAAAUCCAAGGAGAACUUAUUGUGAAGGUUACAAGAAGUACCAAUUACAUGUAUCCAGAGGCUUUUCACCUACAUGGUUAAUACAAUGUACGUUCAGUGUAUAUCUCUAUGGCAUCAAACAGCCAUCAGUUGUUAACCUGGAACUGUGUAAAUCCUGUAGGCAUGGCUCACUGAGAUACACCUGUAUAUACAUGUACAUGUAUUGUAACUGUUUACAUGUAGUUUAGAAGUUAGACAUGCAGUUGUCUACUCUAGUGUCCAGGUCUAGUGCUGACAGGCUCUCUGUCUGCCAGCCUGUAACAGAACCAGUGGCCAGCUUAUAAAACAUACUUAGUGUUAAGUUGCCCUUAGCUAAGUGCACUUUAUAUAUCUACAGCAUUUGUCGUCAUGAGAGUUACGGGCAAACUUAACUAAGUGACUUAGCUUCAACGAAAUCGACCUGAAGCAGAGCCUACACCCAAACCAGGCAGAUCUUACAACUUAAUGAGGCAGAGAAUGCAAGAACACCAGGGAGAGCCUACAACCAAAUCAGACUAAGCAUACAACCAAAGCAGGCAGAGCCUACAAGGAAAACCACUUUCCCACAGUGCAAUUAACUAUUAGAAAUAGUUAUUUCAUAGAUUUUGAUAAUUUAACAAAUAACACCGUGUGAAAAAAAAAACUUAGUCUUAAAUAUUUUCAUUUAACUACUCAAAUUUUAUAAAAAGUUGCUAUAACAAAUCGUACCUUGUGAAUGCACCCAUAGUUGCUUGGGACCACGCUUACAGUACAAGUAAUACUGGGGUAUGUAACAAGAAUGGAUAUCUUAGGCUACUGAACCUUGUGCCAUUAAGCCCGACAAUUUUCCGUUCCUCCCACUGCAUCAUCACCUUAAAACAUCUCUCUAAUUUAAUCUAGGUAUGUAAGGAGGGAAGUUUAGAUGCAGAGCAUAUUAUGUACUUCAGACAGAAAACAAAUAUUUACACUGCCUAUAAAUUAUCAGAUCAUGUAUUUUAUUCGUGGUUCCCAGGGAAGGUAGUUUUUGUAUGCAAUUACAGUACAUGUAACCAAAGACAUGGCAAUGACAAUAAUUUGGUAUUACAUAAUCACCAAGUGUGGUAUUGGAGAGCAUGUGGUUAUUGACCUUGUCGAUUCACAUGCUGACCUUGAUACCUCCAGUUUACUGUCAGCCAAACUUUUCUCAUUGUCAAAUGUUCGUCUUCUCAUCAGUACAUACUAUAUGAGCAAUACCAGUUAUGCUGAUUCUUUAAUAACCACUGGGUACCUUUUUGUCCUGUAUAUCUUACCCAACUCCAGGAAGAUUCAAAAAUUGUGUAAAGCACUGGUGUUAAAUGAGUGUAAUGAAUGACACUCUUUCAUGUAAAUUUUAUUUACGUAUUUGUUUGGAAUUUUUAGUCAGCAAAAUAUACAGGGCCUAAUCCAGCC